CACUGCCGUAGUUGCAGUUUUCAUUGUGUUCCUUUCGCAGUAAAUAGAUGAUAUCGGUGCACAGUGCAUUUGUGUGUGAAGAUUUGUUAAUGUUCCUGAAAAUGUUUUUAGUUGGAUGCACAAAACAAGACUCACGCAUCCAACUCGCUGCUUAAAACUGUUGUUUUUGUAAUGUAUCUCAGGUGCCAGUUAUAAUUCUUUACUUAUGUGCAAUAUUUUUGUGAAUAAGACUACAUGUUACACAACUACAGCAUGAGAGUGUAAUGCUGGUUUACUUAUCUCCACUCCUGUCACAUCCGUCAAAAUCAAGCACUUUUCGAACAGGACUUAAAAAAAGGCUUUCAUAAUGAGCAGUCGGAGGAAGCGUGCUCCUCCAGUCAAGCUUGAUGAUGAAGCAAAGAAACAACACUGCUGGAACAUGCAUGAAGACCGGAAAUUUGAGGACUUUUCUUUAGUAGAGGAUGGAACAGUGCCUGGACCUAGCACAUCUUUCUCUCCUGUCAGUGGUAAACAUGAUCAGAGUGACCAAAAACAGAGCCCUGAACCUAAAUCAGAACCUCUGAAGUUUCCUCGAAAUAUAGAAGAACCAGAGGAGUCUACAAAUGUUUUGACCCCUUUGUGUGUUCAACUUAAUAUGGUUAUUUCUCCACCUCCUACAGAUGAUUCCUGGAAGAUAUUGCUUGGAGAGUUUAGUCUUCAUUUUCUUCCUGGUCAGGUUUUUAAUGGUGAUUUUCUUGGACGUUGUUUUACAAUGACUAAAGCAGAAUCGGUGUCUGCUCAGCUUUUGUUAUGUAUUCAUGAGAUAGAUGAGGAAACGGAUGAUGACGAAACAAAAGGAUCCAGUAACAAUUUUGAAGAAGUUUUAUUGGUGGAGUGUUCCCUUGGAGAUGAUUUAUUGGAAGAUCUUAGAUGGUUGCAAAAGAAGAAACUUAUUGCAUUGUGUCAAAGGCCAUCAAAACACCAAGAGCUUAUGGUUGGGAUCUACCUCUUGGAAUCAAUCGUGGCCAAGCCAGAUUUUCUUAGCGAAGGACAUGGAAGGAUGAAAAAAUCUUGUCUUCUGAUUCAAAGGCUGAUGGAAAAGUUCUAUAACUUUAUGAUUCCAGAUAUCGUUGAAGAAAACGAGGAGGAAGCAGACCAAGAACUUGAGAGGCAAAACAUUGAAGAACUUUAUGACUAUGUUAGACAAACCCACCAGCAAGAUGUCCAUGUCUUGCGGGAAGAUGUGCAGCACCCGGCUUUGAUUCCAGUUCUACGUCCAUAUCAGAAUGAAGCUGUUAACUGGAUGCUACAGAGAGAAAAUGUCCGAACUACCCUUUCUAAUGAGAAUACACUACACUUGUUGUGGCGAGAAGUAACUACUAUCGAUGGAGCCAAAAUUUACUAUAACCCUUUCACUGGAAGUAUAAUUCGGGAUUUCCCUUUAGCUGGCCAAGAAUGGCCUGGGGGGAUUUUGGCAGAUGAAAUGGGUCUUGGGAAAACAGUGGAAGUUCUGUGUCUCAUCCUUUGUCAUCCAAGAAAAGAUGUAAAAAAGAAUGUGCUGACAUUACCUGAGGGUAAAAUAGUGAACUACUUCAUUCCACCUCCUCCUAACGACGGCAAAAGGAAGAAAGAAAGAAAAAUCAUUGACGUCAAAAUAAAGGAAAGGAUGCAUUACCCUACUUUACGAGUGAUGAUACUGGCAGCCGUAAAGGAAAUGAGUGUGACGAAGGGGGCUUCCAUAGUGGCAAUCUUCAAAUAUAUCAGCUCUAUAUACCAAUACAAUGUUCAGAAAAAUCGACGGCUUCUUAAGAAGACCUUUGAGAAACUCAUCUUAGAGAAUAUAAUUGAGCAAGUCAAAGGUCAUGGACUAGCAGGUUCUUUCAAAUUAGGGAAAAAUUACAAGGAGGAAAAGUUUCAUGAUAAAUCACAAAAACUGAGAAUGAAAGUUGCAAAAAAGGUUCAGCAGAAGUCGUCGGAUCUUAACAAAUGUGAAAAUGAAGAACAUUCUGAGACUUCCCUUAAAGAAGAUAGAACUCCCAAUGAACAUGACUACUGUACACAAAUGAAGAACUUAAGUCCAGAAAAUCAACUGAAAAGUUGUCGCACAAGUAAACGGAUCCAAGAGAGGACUUUAGAACAAGAAAACUCUAGCAUGCAAGAUAAUUUAUCUGAUUCCCAAGAUUAUAGCACUAAUUUAACAGCUACAGAAACCAAGCAUGAAGGUGUUCAAGGUGAUAUAGAUUCUAAGGAUCCUGUUUGCCAGUCUAGCUCUGUCUUCCCCUUCAAUACCUCAGACUAUCGCUUUGAGUGCAUUUGUGGUGAGUUGGGACUUCUUGAUUACAAGGCCCGUGUACAGUGCCUUCAAUGUCAUCUCUGGCAGCACGCAGAAUGUGUGAACUAUAAGGAAGAGAACCUGGGUGUAACACCGUUCUAUUGUCCACAUUGCUUGGUGUCCAUGAAACCUGUUCCCACUGGAGCAACCCUCAUAAUUUCACCAAGCUCUAUCUGUCACCAGUGGGUAGACGAAAUCAAUCGGCACGUACGAUCAUCCUCACUGCAUGUUAUGGUUUAUCAAGGUGUGAAAAAGCAUGGCUUCCUGCAGCCUCAGAUGUUAGCGGAGCAAGACAUAGUCAUAACCACAUAUGAUGUUUUGAGGACGGAGCUUAAUUACGUAGAUAUUCCCCACAGUAACAGCGAAGAUGGACGCAGAUUUCGUAACCAAAAGCGAUAUAUGGCUAUACCAAGCCCCCUGGUUGCUGUUGAGUGGUGGAGAAUUUGCUUGGAUGAAGCCCAAAUGGUUGAGUGCACAACAGCCAAGGCUGCAGAAAUGGCACUGCGUCUCAGCGGGGUAAAUCGAUGGUGUGUGAGUGGUACUCCAGUACAGCGGGGACUAGAAGAUUUAUUUGGAUUAGUUUUGUUCCUUGGAGUUGAUCCCUACUGGGUUAAACACUGGUGGGACCAGAUUCUUUAUAAACCGUACUGCAGAAAGGAUCCACUUCCAUUGUAUCGCCUAAUAGCCAAAAUAAUGUGGAGGUCUGCAAAAAAAGAUGUCAUUGAUCAGAUUCAGAUCCCACCACAAACAGAAGAAGUUCAUUGGCUUCACUUCUCUCCCGUGGAAAGGCACUUCUACCAUAGACAGCAUGAGGUUUGCUGCCAGGAUGCACUGGCAAAGCUGCGCAAGAUAUCAGAUUGGUCUCUCAAGCUAAGCAGCUUGGACAGGCGAACAGUCUCCUCCAUCCUGUAUCCUCUACUGAGGCUGAGGCAGGCCUGUUGCCAUCCGCAGGCUGUACGAGGCGAGUUUCUACCGCUACAGAAGAGCACAAUGACUAUGGAAGAAUUGCUGACUUCACUUCAGAAGAAAUGUCGCACUGAGUGUGAAGAAGCUCACCGGUUGCUUGUUUGUGCUCUCAAUGGUCUUGCCGGAAUACACAUAAUUAAAGGUGAAUACCCAGAAGCAGUGGAGAUGUACAGAGAAGUACUGAGAUCAUCAGAGGAACAUAAAGAAAAGCUAAAAACAGACUCCUUACAAAGGCUACAUUCCACACACAACCUAAUGGAGCUUCUCUCUGCAAAGCAUCCAGGAAUUCCUCCAACAUUACGUGAUGACAAACUGGAAGAUGAAGCUAAACAACUUCAGCAACAUUAUAUGAGCAAAUCAAAUGCCGAAGUCACCGAAGCUCACCAGGCCUUACAGCCAGUGUUACAGACUUUAAAGGAGCUACAACGAAAGGUCCAUUUUUCAUCUCCAUGGUGGCUAGAUGUGAUCCAGAGUGCAAUCCAGUAUGCCAUUGAUGAGGAACUUGUCCAGCGUGUGCACAAUGAAAUUACCAGCAGUUAUAAGCAGCAAACAAACAAGCUCUCCAUGGCAGAUAAAUUCCGGGAUUGCAGGGGCCUUCAGUAUGUACUUACUACACAGAUGGAAGAACUGAAGAAAUGUCAGAAACUUGUAAGAGAGGCUGUAAAGCAUUUGGAAGGACCUCCAUCCCAAGAAACUAUUCAGACUGCAACUAUUUGCCACCUCCGCCCUGCUCGUCUUCCACUUAAUAACUGUGUUUUCUGCAAAGCGGAUGAAUUGUUCACAGAUUAUGAGUCAAAGCUCUUCUCCCACACUGUUAAAGGCCAGACUGCUAUAUUUGAAGAAAUGAUUGAGGAUGAAGAAGGUCUUGUGGAUGACCGUUUGCCAACAACAAGCCGAGGUCUUUGGGCUGCUAGUGAGAUGGAGCGUUCCCUUAAAGCCAUUCUAGCAUUUGCUAGAACACAUCGCAUGGAUGCUAAGGUCAUUGAUGAAGGUGCCAUUUUCUUGGAACUGUUUGACGCAUGGAAAAAAGAAUAUAAGUUACUUCAUGAGUACUGGAUGGUGCUUAGAGACCACGUAUCUGCGAUUGAUGAACUUGCUAUGGCAACAGAGCGGCUCAGAGUUAGACUUCCUGAUGAGCCAAAGCCCAACCCACCCGUGCUUCAUAUUAUUGAACCGCAUGAGGUGGAACAAAACCGUGUGAAGCUACUAAAUGACAAAGCAGUCGCCAAGUCACAGUUACAAAAGAAGCUAGGGCAGCUCCUCUAUCUUACAAAUUUGGAAAAGUCUCAGGAUAAAACUUCGGAUGGAGUAAAUCCAGAACCUUGCCCAAUAUGUGCUCGGGAUCUUGGAAAGCAGUGGGCUGUACUGACUUGCGGACAUUGCUUUUGUAAUGAAUGUGUAGCCAUCAUUAUAGAACAGUACAGUGUAGGCACGCGCAGAAGUGCUAUCAAAUGUGCUAUCUGUAGGCAGACCACAUCACAUAAAGAGAUCUCCUAUGUCUUCACCUCUGAAGCAGCAAACCAGGAAAAGGAUAUUCCUGUAAAGGUAAGUUACAUUUUAGUUCCUAAAUCAAGUCUAUUUAAUGUGUUCUCAUAA